GUGCAUUAUAUAUCUCCACCUUCAGACACAGAUUCAACCAUUUCUGACUCUCUCAGCACUAUCUGCCACAUAAACUAUAUAACCUUCGAACUUCGGUACUUGGGUGAAAAUACAUAUACAUGCAUGCAUGAAAUCCAUGGACUUGUCAACGAGAACCGAUGAAAAACCCAUCUCCAUGCUCAUCCAACCUUCUCGUCCUUGCAACAUUUCUUUAAUUCCAAACAAACCCACCACGCCAGACGUAUCUUUCUCCGCCUAUCUCAGACCAGCUGAUCAUCAAGUUGAUGAUUCUGAGAUCAGUAUUUUUGAUGCUCAGAAAUACUUCAAUGAAACUACAGAUAUGGCUAAAGCUGUAAGCAGGCGAGUCUCUCCUGUUAACGUCGUCAACCCAAUACCAGAUCGAUAUUGCGACGUCGUUUCAGGCCUACCCAGGUUCUCCUCCGCUUCAUCAGCCGACUGCUACUCCAGGAAUAUCUACAGAGCUCGUUCCUUCCACGCGACGCCAACUGCCUCAUCCGAAGCUAGCUGGAAUAGCCAGACCGGGCUGUUAACCAAUCCCCCAGGAGCCAUGGCUGUCUCCAUAAGAAAUCCUGCUUCUGCUAACGAUGAGAAGAAGAAAGGCUCUGGGGUUAAAUGGUUUUUCCGGCGCAAGUGUCCUUGCUCAGGGAGGAAAUCCGUUCAAGUGGAGCAACAUCCAUCAGAAGUACCUAAAACGACACAGUCUCGACCCAAGUACAGUAUUUCCGAGUCCGAGGCUUCAGUGCAUCAAAAAAAGCAAUCUCCCAAGACUAGCCCGGAGGAGGAACCCGAAAUUGCCCCUGCGAAGAACUGUCAAAUCAUCCCAUCACCAGAUCAGAAUCGUUUCCCACCUCCGACCAAUAUUGGACAAAGGAUAUGGACAUCUGGAAGAUCUUUCAGUGACGGAACCGGGUUUACGUUUCCGAUACUUACCCACUCAUCAUCUUCCACAGACGCAGUAGCCCUGAGUGACGCCUUCCGAAUCCCGCCACCGAGCAGCACAACCGUUGAAGACCCACCUCGAGACUCGCUGGAAGUAUUCCGACCACGCGAUGAAACCGUGACUCCAAGGAAAUUAACUCAACGUCAUAGCUUCACAUUCCCGGGAAGUCCCAGAUCCCGAAUGUCAACCGUGUCAGACGACGAGGUAGCGAGCGAUGCAAGCUCAGACUUGUUCGAGAUAGAAAGCUUCUCGACCCAAACGACGUCGAAUUACGUGAAUAACCGGCGAGAUUCGCUGGAGGAAUCGACGGGUUCUGGAAUUGACGGAAGAUCACGAAUAGGGGGGGGACCAGGCAUGUAUUGUAGUAGGAGGCCGAGCCUGGAUGAUCGGCUAACGGAAAGCGCUUACGAACCGAGCGAAGCGAGCAUUGAUUGGAGCGUAACGACAGCGGAAGCGAGCGUGACAAAUAUGUCAAUAGCAGAGGAUCGUUACUGGGAAAAGAACAGCGGCAGGGGAAAGACGAGAUCGGGUAGUGGUGGAGGGUUGUUGAGCUGUCGAUGCGAGAAGGCGGUGAGCGUGGGGCCGGGGCCUGUAAGAUGCGAGCGACAGAAGGUGGGACCGCCCGUUCCGGCAAGCGCCACAUUGCGGCAUGUGGGCAGUAGGGGCAGCUAGUCUGGACAAGCCACCGCUUGGGGGUUCACGCUCUGCUCGCGUGUCUCUUAAUUAAUUAAUUACCGUGGUUACUUUUUUACGGUUGUUAAUUCAGUCUUGUCUGUAAUCUGCAUUUCACUUUCUAAAUAAUAAUAUAAUUAAAAGUUUUAAUAAUUAC